AUGUUUUCCAGUUCGGCGAGCACAAGCAGUCGCGGUUCUGCGUCGGAGGAGGGAACAACAGGGCCAAGCCGGAUAAAGAAUGUCGGGGGCCCGGACGGGGAUGACGAGAGAAAUGACUUUGAGGAAACGCACAAAAUUCAGGCCGGCAUCUUCUCAGUGCUUUACGUACUGUCUAAGGAGAAGAUGAAUGAAAACCUGAAGUUCACUGUCAUCAAGCUGAUGUUCGAUUUUACCCAGCAACACAUGUGCUCGACUGGCGCCUUAAAAAACACCAUUCCGGCCUGCCCUAACAUCAACUCUUCACUCCCGCCACCCCCACUCCACCCGGCCCUUUACAGCUACUGGCAGAUCCUGACAUUCUCCCGAUGGAACUACAUCGUUACGAACCUGCUGGGCUACAAGGCUUACGUGGCCAUUCUGUACACGAUGACGGGCAUGUUAUGCUGUUCACUGGCGUUAUGUGUGUGGAUUGCAUAUUCGUACAAAAACCGCAGCUUUGCCUACACGUGGCCCACGUACGUGCUACGGUUGUACGCCACCAUACACUUCGGUCUCUUCGACAUUGCCACACUAACCCUGAUCCAGGUGUCGUACGAUUGCCAGUUCCUGGGCAGCGGCAAAACCAACCGGGGGAGGAUGUACACCUUCCCAGAUCGGGUUUGCUACGAGGCACCGCAUCUCAUCCCCUUCAGUGUGGGCGUCGUCACCCAGGUGCUCUUUGUCAUUGCCGCCGUCAUCUUCUUUACGGGCGAGUUCGAGGUCAACCCCAUCAGCCGCCGCUUCACCUGCUGCGCUCACUCGCAUGUGGAGGUCCGCGCCUUCCUGCUCAAGGUGGCCAUGACGGUGGUAUACGUGGUGAUGGGCUGGCUGCAGGUGCAGACCACCAUCCAGGCCUUCCUGUGCCUGGCGCUGACGUGGAUUUUCUUCAAGAAUAUGCCGUACAUGUUUGCCAUCAUCAACCACAUUCGCGUCGGCUCGUACCUAGCGGUCACUUGGGCAGCCAUGUUGGCGGUUGCAAUCAUGUUCAAGCCCAAGGAACCUGAACGCAUGGCGUUGUACGAGAAGCGCAUCACUAAUGUGAUGUUGUACGGCCUGGCGCCCAUCGCUCUGCUGGGUUUCGGAGCGUCCUUCCUGCGGCUACAUACCUGGUCGCAGUUUGUGCGCAAACGGUUCAAGGAGGCGCCCUCCGGCUCCAAGGUGAAGGACAUCUACCGCUUCAAGGACCCAAUUGAGGUCGAGAUCAUAAGUCGCGUAGCUCGCCACUGGAUCGACGACGAGGUCCUGGACUUGGAUAGAGUGAAGGAGGCCGAGGCCAUCAUUAAGGCGGGGCUGGUGCUAUUUCCCACGAGAGCAUUCAUGAUAAUGCUCUAUUCAAAUUUCCUUUGGGACGUUCUGGAUAACCCCCAGGCGGGCUACAGUCAGCUACAAGCCGCAAAGAAAGCCAAUCCGAAUUACAUGGAGCGCUUUGCCAUUUACCGUCGAGAGCAAGAACACCUGGCAAGGACGGCCCAAACCAAGGGCAACGGUGAAUCCACACUGGAUCUAGUGUCGUACGUCGAGUUCCAGCGCAAUUACCGGCUUGCCAUGCGGGCCCAUCGAGAGGCCUUGUUAGCCACCCGCAACUUCUGGCAGUACCUGCUACAACAACAUAUCACCUUUACGCACCUUUCCAAGUCGCUCAAGGCUAUUGAAUCGGCCAUCAUGAAGGUGUGGUUGGAACGUGGAGGUGGAGGUGUAGCUGGCGGGGCCGAUAAGGUGUACCGCACGGUGUUGGAGCGCUACCCCUACUCCGCCAAGAUGAUAAAGGGCUACGCUCGCUUCCUGGAGGGUGUCAAGAACGACCCGUGGCGGGCCUCCAAGUUCUACACCGAGGCAGAGAAGCUGGAGGCGGAGAGGGAGGAGGAGGCGGCGGCGCUGGAGCUUGAGGGGCUUGAUGGUGAUGACUCACGGUUGCUAAACAAGGUGGACGAGCGCGUCAACGCGGUGAUUAUCAUCAACAGCCGUGGUCAGAUCCAGAUGGCAAACAAACUGGCGUACGCCAUGUUUGGCUACAACAAAGGAGAGCUGGAGGGCAAGAACGUGGCCAUGCUGAUGCCCCUACCCUUCAGCCAGCGCCAUAACGGCUACAUCAAGCGCCACAUCACCACAGGCAGGGAGACCGUUAUGAACCGGGUGACCGACCUGGUCGCUCUCCACAAGGACAGAUACGUCUUCCCCUUUAGACUGGCCGUGUCCAAGGUCUCCGGAGCGGGAGAUGACUCCCUGUUCAUGGGCGUCAUCAUGGCGGUGGAGCCUCUUCAAGACACAGCUAAUGUGUACAUCUUGCCUGGGGGCUCUGUGGCAGCGGUAGAUCAGGCUUUUGUGGACUGGUUCGGCUACACCGUGGAGGACUAUCUGGGCCACCCGGUCCACACUCUGGCAGUGGACCCAAUGCCCUUCAAGCGCCUUGUGGAGGAGGUCACCCGAAACGACCAGCCUAUCGAGGACGGGGUGUGUCCAGCGUUUCUGGGCGCCAAGCACGCGCUCAUGAAGCACAAGUACACGGACCCGGUGGAUGUGAGCCUGCACCUCAAAGCUACAGGUCUUGGCAGUGAAACCAUUUACCGCGUGGAGAUGCGCCGAAACCAGCCGCCAGUAGAGCUGGUCCUCACCAACCGAAAGGGCCGCAUCGCCUUCAUUACCUCGCCCUUGGCCAAGGCCAUGGGCCACACACCCAGGUCCCUGCGGAAGGUCGACAUAGGGGAGCUGCUUCCACAGCCCUUUGGGGCGAUGCAUGCAGCAUGGAUUCGGGAAGCUGCGGAGUCCAAGCCCUCCCCGCAUAGCUGCCGUUCGGGCGUCACCAUGGUGCUAGGACCCACCCCAAAGACGCAACAGACAGUUCGACUGGCCAUAAAGUCAACAGACGAGUCGGGGGAGCAACAGCACGUCGUCAAAGUGUCGCCGUCCACGAUGUCCGAGGGCUUGGACGAGCGCCGCCUGCGCCUCACCAUCGACACCUCCGGAACCGUGACCGACGUCGGCCACUCGCCCACCUCCCUCUUCGGCUUCAAGCCUGCAGCGCUGCUUGGCCGCAGCCUAGCUGACUGUGUCGACGUCCUCCAUGCCGCUGCACGCUCUGCCUCCGCCUCCGCUGGCCUUACAUCCGCCGGCGGCGGCACCGCCGGCGGCGCCGCCGCCGACGCCAUGGCGGCGGCGGAGGUACGGCGCAUCAUCACGCUGUUGAUGGGCCGCGCGCUGGAGCGCCCCGGAACAUCAUGGCGUGUGGGCGUUAUGCCCCCCCUUGAGAAUAUCCGCUCCCUAGGUUCCAUAGCCACGGCGCUCCUGGCCAAGCAGACGCGGCCGGCCGUCAUGGAGCUGGACGUCAAGGUGGAUCUUGAGGACCUGGCGGCGGGGCGAGAGGUGGCCAUCAAUAUCUCCCUCUGGCGCGCUGACCUUGUUUGCGGCGUGUUGGAAGUCGAUAAGGAAGGCGUAGUGCUGACGUCACAGGACCAUCCCUUUUAUCCCUCCGGACUUCUUUUCGGCGUGUCGUCCCCGUCGGUGCUGCGUCAGCCGCUGGGACGUUUCGUACAGCUCGGCGGCCGGACCGUCGAGAGCUUGUUCCUGUCGGAGUACAAGAACGGCGGCAAGAAGGGCGCGCUCAAGAGCAGCAGCGCGGCGUCGAAGAAGGUCGGACCGCUGCGGAACCUGGGGGCCCAUCACACAGACGGCGAGGCGCUGACGUUGACGGUUCAGGCGGUACGCAAAGAAGGCGCCAAUAGCCGGUUCUUCGUGGUCCUGCACUUUAAGGAACCGACCCGUGGGUCGCGGGACUUCAUGGCGCUGCUGCAGCGGGGUCCCGUGGAGCCGCGGAUGACCCAGGAGAGCAUGGAGAUGGCGGUGGUGAACGUGGUGACGAGUUCGGCUUCGACGCCGGUGGCGGCCUCGGGGAAGGGAGGCGACGGCAGCGUCAGCAAGAGCACGCGAAAGCUUCAACGUGGCGCGGAUGUGGUGCCGGGAUUGGCGACGGCGGCGACGGGGCCGACGGCCGCAGUAGGGCUUGUGAGGGCGGUGUCGCCGCAGCAGCAGCCGGCAGACGGCCGCUCGCCGCGGCUGAGCCCCGCGCCGCCGCUACUGUCGCCGUCGCCGCCGGGGGCGACGACGGUGCUGCAGGGUCAGCCACCGUCACCGUUGCCGGGUACGCCGAUGCCGUCGGCAGAGACCGGUCCAAUGGUGCCACUGCAGCCGCACGUCGCGCUGCUCAAGAACUCCUCAGGCAGCAACAAUGGCAGCGGCGGCAGUAGCGGCGAAUCCCUCAACAUCUCCACGCCGCCCCAGGACGAAAGCAUCUCGCAAGCGCAUACGGAAGCCGUCGACGCAGCUGUUGCCGUCAAUCCCACCGCCGCCGCUGCCGCGGCAGCUACUGCGUUUGCGCCGCCAGGGCUGCCGUUGGGAAUGGCGGGUCUGACCCUUCAGGAUUAUCUUGUAGGACGAUCGGAUCGGAGCGAGGACGAUCUGGCCACUUUAUUUGACCGGGUGGUGUCGGGCAGCGGCGGGGGGGAUGCCGGCGGCGGCCCUGCAGGGCAGGCGGCGAGGCAGCAGCAGCAGCUGCUGCAGCAGCAGCGGCCGAUGGUGCGGCGCCUGGCUCCCAACAUGCGACCCGUGGGCAUCAACAACCUGAGCUUCAACCGACGGCUGAGGGAGAAGCUCGCAGCCGAGGCUGCUGCAGCGGCCAUCGCUAGCGGCAGCGGCAGCGGUGACGGCACUGGCUCCGAACCUUGUGCGCCAACCGGUGACGCUGACGCUGCUGUAACGUCUGUCGUUGAUGCCGUAGCAGCAUCAGCGGCAUCGGCGGCACUGGUGACGUUGCGUCCAGGAUCACCAGUCUCGCCACCACCGCUGCCGCCGCCGCCGCUGGCACUACAACAAGCACUGUCGUUGCCGCCGCCGGGGGCCGUCCAUCACCCCACACAACAACUUCCCACAGCAGCUGCGGGACUGGGUGCGCUGACGGCGGCGGUUGUGCGCGCCAAGACACCGCCACCGCAGAUGGCGACGGCACAGCCGCAGCCCCAGCCGCCAAUGGCGCCGGCGUCGCCACUUGUACGGCCACCGCUACAGGCGACCUUCUCCCUUCCGCCCAGUUCAACGGGAAUGCUGGUGGUGGAGCCGUCGCCCACGCCGCCGCCGCUGCCUGCAGCGGCGUCGGCGCACGCCAUCAACGUUAUCGCUAGCAGCGGGGGCAGCGGCGGCCUGGUCAGCGGCGGCGGCAGCGGCGGCAGCGCAGCGUCAGCUAACUUGCCAAUGCCGCCCCCGCCUCCGCUGCAGCAGCAACCGCCACUGCGGAGCGCGAGUGAUCUGCGGACGCUGACUAUGCAACGGUCUUUCAGUCGGGAUUCAGUUAACAGCGGUACGGGGACUAACAACCCUGGUAGGACGAGCAUGGGUUUGGACAGGGGGGCGGGUCAGUCGGCGGCGGCGGCAGCGACGCUGCUCUCUCCUCCUGGCUUGGUUAGUACAGCAGGCCAGUCAGUGCGACGAAGCAUGAGCACGAAGCAAGUGAGCUUCGCACCGUCACAACUCCUGAUUGACGAGACUGGAAGGAUCGAGCGCCAGCCCUCUCUUCCUCAACUGACGCUGCCCCCCCGCCUCAGCGGCAGCCGUGACGGCGGAGGCGGAGGCGGGGGCACCGUGCCGCAGCUGCUCGAGGGAAUCCCGUACGACGUGUACGGAGAUGCUGACAGCGGCCGCGGCGGCGGCGGCGGCGGCGCCACCGGUGGCCCCGGUGGCGCGAGGCUGCUGGCGCAUGCACCGCAGCAGCAGUAUCCUUAUGCCGCAGCGAUGGGCGGUGCAGCUGCGCAGCAUCUGUACGGCGGCAUGUACGGGAAUCCGUACGGCAGCGGAGGUCUUGGCAUCGGCGGCGAAGAGACGUUUGGAGCGGCGGGCAAGAUUAAGAGCAACGUCAAGCUCGCACGGAUUCGCGAAUGGGUCCUUUCGGAGGGUGAGCGCUACUUCCGAUUGGAAGACGUGCAGGACAUCGGCGACACGGUGUACCCCUUCGGGCCGGACCUGCUGCAGAGAGAUGACUCCAGGGCAAGCCAUACACUGGUUCUCAACGGCGGCGCUGGCGAAGGCGACGGCGACGGCGACGACGAGGAGGCUGACGCAGCGCCGAGUCGCUGGGCGGAGGCCGACGGCGCCGACGACGCCAACGACAUGCAAAGCCUGGAUGACGAAAUGUUGUACAGCAAUAUGUUGCUGGAGACGGCAUCGCGGGACAUCAUUCGAGGGAACGGAAACGCCCAGGCGGAUUUCCGGCGCGGCAAGCGCUGCAGAAAGCUGCUCAAGAUGCUGUCGACACCGGCCGUACAGCGCGCGACGUUGGCAUUCCGAUGGCAGGCGCUGCUGGCCAUUGCGGUCCAGCUCCUGGCGAACUUGGCGUGUUUUGUGUUGCUGACGGUGCUGUUGAUACGGCAGACCCGCGGUCUGUCGGAGCUGAACAAUGUGGGGCAGGCACUGGUUUCCUGUCACGAUGCGAUGCUGACGCUACAGCUGUUGCUUAGGUAG